GUCACACUGCGUGAUUGUUUGGCAUGAGUCGAGUUGACGGAGAAGUGAGCCGCAAAAUUGAUUUUUUAAUAUUUUUAAUUGAGAAAUUAGCGACUUGAAGGUAUUUUUUGUCGUUUUGGUGAUGUUUUGGACGUUAUUUAUGUAGUUUAGAGUGUUUUGCGGUAUUUCAGAGAGGUUAAUUUUGUUCUUCUCUUGUAGCCUCCAUGUCAGCGGUGUAAAUUGGAAAAAAAAGCAGGUAAGAAUGUGUUUGGCGAUAUUUGCUUAAUUAUUGGAGAAAGCGUUAGAAGAAUGCCAUUAUUUGGUUGAUUUUAUUUACGUUUAGUACGGGUACGCAAAUUAUUAAGUUGUAAGAUCGAAUUGAUGAAUGAAGAGAUUGUGCACCAAGGCACCAAGUUCAAUGUAUUCUGUUCUGACUCAAGUAUUUAUUAUUAAUGCGCCAUCACGUUUCUUUUAUUCCACAAUAAAAAGGAUUUUUAAAUGAAUGAUCCACAUGUUUUUGACUUCUUGUUCAAUUAAGUUUAUAUAAUAAGUCUUCGGACGCCCCAAAAACUUUUAACAUUUAAGAACAUGUCUUUUGACAUUUUAGCGAACUCGUCCAGCAAAUACUAGCCAAGUAUUCAAUAAAUAACACAAAUUUUAAUGUUUUAUAUCUGGUUUGUGCCGUUUCUUCUUAUUAAACAUUUCACCAAUAGACUGAAAUUUCGUUCAAAUACAUUUCCACAAUUCUCCAAAAUGCUAGUGUAGAAAAAACAGUGACCAGAUUGUUGUGAAGGUAGGUUGACUGUAGAUUUUUGAAAUAUAACCUCACUUUUAUCGAAACGUUUGUGAAACUUGUGAUUUUAGGCAUGUCGUGGCCGCAGUGGUCAACCACUCAGGCGUCAGUACCACCGGUACUGAACCCAGCAACUCCUGUUAUAAAUUCCGCCCCCGCUGUAGUCCCUCCGGGCUUACAGUACACCCCGGAACAAUGGGCACAGUUACAGCAGCAAAAUUGGCACCAGUGGGCACAAUGGCAACAGCAAUACCAACAGUGGCAUCAGCAAUAUGGGGCCGAGUACCAAAAAUCCAUGAACGCUCUCGCCCAAGCGGCACAAGCCCAACAAGCCUCGCUUCCCAACGUGGCCGUACCGCCGCCUUUGCCCGUCGAAGUCAAACCGCCGCCUCCGGCAGAAGAUCCGCCGCCUCCGGUUCCGUCCUAUAACACCGCGCCACCCCCAGCACCCCCACAACAAGGCUACAACACCGCCACCAAAGCGAGCGAGCAGCGGCCGCCUGUCCACUACCCUAAAAACAACCAGAAUUGGCAAAAUCAGAACUAUCGCUAUGGACAAGAAAAGCGACCGUUUGAGCAUCCACCGGAUCAUGACUCUAAAAGACCCAUGAUUAGUAAACCAGGGUGGCAGAGUCAGCCGCCCCCGCAACCCAGACCCAGAGAAAACGUCGAGGAGUUGUCUGAAGCGGAGAAGAAAUUCGAUAAACAGUUCGCCGACUGGGAGGCGCAAUUCCAGAAAUGGAAGGAACAAAACGCUGAACACCCAGAUAAAGAACAAUAUAAAGAGUAUGAAAAGAGGUGGGAGAGUUGGAGGGCGCAGCUACUAGAGAGGAGGGAGCAAAUGAAGAGGAAACGAUUAGGAUUACCGAUGGAUUCCCCCAAUCGUGCAAGGCCGAGUCCAGGGCAGAAUUUCAAUCAAAAUCAAAGCUUUAAUUCACCGCAACAAGGAUUCGUCCAGAACCAGGGUUUUACUCAGCCUCAGAAUUUUAGUCAGCCGCCUCCGAAAGUACCUCAGAACAUGCCACCUAAGCAAGGGUUGUUACCGGCGCCGACACCUCCACCCGGGGCACCUGGUUUCAAUAAACCGCCCCCGACAAUGAACGACGAACCUUUGAAAUUUAAAGAAGGUAAAGACGCGCUAGAACCUGAGGAAGUUUUAGACGAUUUUAUCAAACCGAAUACCGGCGGAGGCAUUCCCGGUUUAGAUCUAGUCAAAGAUGAUCCGAAACCACCGCACAAAGAAAACGACGACGUCGUAGUAAUCGAUCCUGAAGAAAAAGAAAGAGAGAAGAAAGGGCCCGACUUUGACGCUAUUUCUAAAGGAAUCAACACCAUCUUAGGUGAUCAAAAACUUCUCAACAUGCUGUCAAUGGUGUCCCAAACCCAGAUUCCUAAACAAUCGGAUAAUCUAACCAAUACGGUAUCCAGAAUCAAGGACGCCGCUAACCCAGAUGCGAUUCCUCAACAUCCUCCGUAUCCCGAACAGUCAAAUCAAAGCUAUGAAGAGCACUCCAACCACAGCGGUAGUUACGGACAACGGGAAUUCGUCAAUAAUUUCGACGACCAAACUCGAAGCAGCUUCACUCAAGCGCAUAACGAAGAAAUGCGGUUUGAAGGUCCAGGAAACUACAACAGAAGCCAGAGUCAGUUUCCAGAUCGGUUCGGUAACUUCAAAGGGAACCGUUUCGGCGGUCCAGACGAACAAUUCAACCGAGGAGACAGAUUCCAGCCCGGUCCAGACAGAUUCGGUCCACGCGAAGAUAGAUACGCCCCUGACGACCAAUACGGGCCACCUGAAGACAAUUUUCCUCCGAAUCAAGACCGGUUUGGCCCGAAUCAAGGACGCUUUGGACCCAAUCAAGAUCGCUUUGGCCCCAAUCAAGACCGCUUUGCCCCCAAUCAAGAUCGGUUCGGUCCAAAUCAGGACCGCUUCGGUCCUCAACAAGAUCGGUUUGGUCCCAACCAAAAUCGUCUCGGUCCAAACCAAGAUCGACUCGGUCCAAACCAAAAUCGUCUCGGUCCUAAUCAAGAUCGACUCGGUCCAAACCAAAAUCGUCUCGCUCCAAAUCAAGAUCGACUGGGUCCAAACCAAGAUCGGCUCGGUCCAAAUCAAGAUCGACUGGGUCCGAACCAAGAUCGUCUCGGCCCCAACCAGGACAGAUUUGUGUCUCCUAAUAAAGACAAGUUUGCUCCUGAUCAAGAAAGAUUCGGUCCUAAUCCAGGCAGAGUUGGACCAAAUCAAGAUCGUUUCGGUGGCCCAAACCAAGAUCGAUUUGGGGGUCCGAACCAGGACAGAGUUGGUGGUUUGAAUCCUGGUUUUGGACCUGGACCAGACAAAUUUGGCCCAAAUCGAGACCGAGCUGGACCUAAUCAAGAUAGGUUCGGACCUAAGCAAGAUAGGUUCGGGCCGAAUCAAGACAGGUUUGGGCCUAACCAGGACAGGUUUGCGCCUAACCAGGACAAGUUUGGGCCCAAUAAAGAUCGAUUUCUUCCGAAUCAAGAUCGGUUGGGGCCAAACUCGGAUCGUUUCGGUUCGGGUCAAGAUAGAUUCGGGCCUAAGCAGGACAGGUUUGCUUCGAAAGGGGACGAUUUUAACCAGAAAGGGCCCGAUGAUAGGUUUUCGGGGCGGAAUGAUCGGAAUUUGGGUCCGAAGGGGCAGUACGGCUACGAUGAUGAUAAUUAUAAUCAGGGACGUUUCGAUGAUUAUAAACAAGGUUCUCAGUUUGAAGAAAAUUACGAUGAUUAUGAUUAUGAUGCCGUGGCUGCUAGUUUUGAAAACGAGGAACAGAGUGCUGCACAGAAAAAUAAGGAGCAGUGGAAGCAAGAGCAGAAUUAUCAAGAACCAGAGUUCAUUGAAGCACCUAUGGAAGAAGAACCUGAGGCGCCUCCGGCGCCAGAAUCGGAGGAAAUAUUCCAGGCCGCGACGGUUAUAGAUUACGAGCACAAGUCGUCGAAAAAUGCUGAGCCGGAAGUUUUGAUCGAACCGAUAUAUAUGUUCGAUUAUCGCCAUAAACCCUUGAGUCGCAUUCCGCUUCCACAGCGACCGAAGUGGCUUUCGGACGCUGUUAAGAACAUAAGGGAGUUCGAUCCACCCUUGGUCCGUCCGUACGAGCCCAACUUACGGAGGUACCAGCCUUCGGAUAAUUGGAGGAACGAUCGGUAUCCAGACCCCUGGCCUCCACACAACAGGCGUAACGAAAGACCUCCUUUCGAUGAAAGACGGUCAUACAACGACAACAGAUACGAGGAUUCCAGAGGUCCGAAAAACGACUGGAAUGCACCCAAAUGGGAGGAGAAAUCUUACGGUGAAGAUCGAAACUUCCGUUCCGACGAUAGAAGACAACCGAUAAAGAGUAUGGAAUUUGAAGAAGAAAAAAUAAGCGAUACGGAGUGGCCGGAAGACGACGAACUCGAACAAACGCACAACCAAACAAACACUUCCAAUCAGGACUUUCCUUCGUUUAAAAAACCCGACGAAAGCAAACCUAUUAAAAAUAUCGUUUUGAUUGAAGAUUUGAUCAACGCUCCAGGUCGUUACAAACGGCCGCCUCGAAUGGUCAUUAUUCUGAGAGGGCCACCAGGUAGUGGCAAAACUUUCCUAGCCAAACUUAUCAAAGAUAAAGAGGUGGAAAAUGGGGGCUCAGCUCCGAGAAUUUUAUCUCUUGAUGACUACUUUAUGGUGGAACAAGAGAAAGAAGUGACGGAAGAAGGCAAAAAGGUUAAAGUGAAAGACAUGGUGUACGAGUACGAAGCCGAGAUGGAAGAAUCCUACAGGAGUUCUUUGAUCAAGUCGUUCAAGAAAACCAUAACAGAUGGUUAUUUUUCGUUCAUUAUCGUUGACAAUAUUAACGACAAAGUCAAGUAUUUUGGGGAAAUGUGGAGUUUCGCCAAACAAAACGGUUUUCAGGUGUAUAUUUGCCAGCUCGAUCUAGACGUCCAAACUUGCUCAAAGCGGAAUAUCCACGGUAGAUCCGAAGCGGAUAUAGAAAAAUGCGUCGCGAACUGGGAGGCUACGCCUUCUCACCACCCCAUUUUGGACGCCACCAGCCUCCUCCAGUCCGCCUCCAUCCCCGAAGUCGAAAUGGAAGAAGUGAACUCUCCCGAGAGCGACGUCGGCGAAAAUGACGGGUCGGAGGACCAAGUAGCUAGAAGCAAGUGGGACAAUUUCGACUGUUCUGUUGAUAAUCUCGCAAAACUCGAUGGCGUCAACAAACCGCUACGACACCGGACGAUGGAAGAGUACCUCCAACUGGAUACAGAGUGGACCCCCGUCAAACCCACCAAACCCGGGCAGAAGAGAGUUCGGUGGGCCGAUCUGGAAGAACAGAAGCAACAGGAGAAGAUGAGAGCCAUCGGGUUCGUCGUGGGACACACAAACUGGGACCGAAUGCUGGAUCCGACCGGCGGCAGUUCGGCGUUAACGCAAACAAAGUACAUUGAGCGGACUGGACGCUAUAAAGUUGAUCAGAAGUGAAGGAAAAUGCGUUUUUUAAUCGUUUUUUUAUUGAGUUCGUUAUUAUAACUCGAUGUAUAGUUCAAAUAAAACAAGUACUACUUUUAAGGUUUGACGGCUUUUUCGUUGGUUCGAAGCUUGACGGGGAUCUGCGUCAUGUAGCGAUCGACCGGUUUAGUUCGCACGGUGUCCGGGCUGAGCCUCGCCUCUGGGGCUAGCGACGCGUUGAAAAAUUCCACUUCUCCUUUGCGGUUUUGCGCCUCGCGCACUUCGGGGCUUCGCCCCUGGAGCAUGAUCGUCACUUGCGCCGCAUUCGUGUUGUUCAUUUCUUGCAUGUGCUCCUGAAUGCAAUUUUGCAGGAUGUUGAGGAAAAACAGGAACGAUAGUAGGGUUAACGCCGUUAAUGCUAUGCUGUGCUUGCUGCUGCCUUUGCUGCUGUGGCUGCUAGAAAGUAUCGUUUAGGGUUUCGUGCGACUGAUUAGUUAGGACUUACUGAUGGCUGUGGUGAAUGGAGCCGCCGGACGGACCGCUGUAGUGCGUCCGCUCGAUCAAAGGCUUAGCGGCCAAUUUUGGCAUUAACGGGUUUACCGCUAACGACGACAUGUUCUCUUUGCGAUGCACUUCACACUAGUGCGGAAUAAUCCGGGAGCUUUGUAGACUUGCUCCGGUAACUGUUUUUCCGGACGACAGUUUACGGCGGAAAUAAUGGACGUAUUGCUGUAAUCGUAAUCACUUCCAACCGACGACGAUUUUCUCGUUGGUGCUAAAUUCGUAACAGUUAACGACUUUAUGACACGCAACCUUCACAUUUUUUCAUAGUUUACUGCUAACUUAAGGUGUUUGUGUAGCCGCUUUUAAGGCCGUUUUUCGUCAGACGUGACCGAGCUCGAGGCUUUGUUAGCGGUUGCGUUUGAUGAGGGUUAGCCUUAGUUUGGCGUUUUUUGUACAUAUUUAGGGAAAUUUUUCUAUUCAAACUAUUGCCACUAUUCUUAUUUGAUAAGAGCGGUUCCUUUAAAUUAACCUAUAUACUCUAAUUUUUAUGUAUUGUAUGUGUAGGGCUGACACUUGUUUUCGAUUUAGAGAACUACUCCGUAGUAUUAAUGUCGGUUUUAAGUGAAAAUAAUGGAAGCUAAAUGAAUAAAUGAAUUAUAUACUAGA